CCAGAAGAAGGGAAGCCGCCACUUGCGGCUCGGGCGGGCGCGGCGCUUGCGGGGCCGCGAGGAGGAGCAGCGGGAGGUCGCCGCGGGCAGAUCCCAGUAAUCGGCCAUUCAUCUCCCAGCAGCGCCUCGAGCGCCUCCGGCCGCAAGACGCGAUCCAGGCCCCGGGAAGCCGCCGGGCCCGGCGCGGAUCCCGUCCAUGCGCGAUUAACCCGGCCCCGGCCCCGGCCCCGGCCCCGGCCAUGGGUAAUGGACUGUCGGAGCAGGCGUCGAUCCUGUCGGGCCUGCCGCCCUUCCACAGCUUCCACAUCGUCAUCCUGGGGCUGGACUGCGCCGGGAAGACCACGGUCCUCUACCGGCUGCAGUUCAACGAGUUCGUCAACACCGUCCCCACCAAGGGGUUUAACACGGAGAAGAUCCGGGUGACCCUGGGCAACUCCAAGACGGUGACCUUCCACUUCUGGGAUGUCGGCGGGCAGGAGAAGCUCAGGCCCCUGUGGAAGUCGUACACGCGGUGCACGGACGGCAUCGUGUUCGUCGUGGACUCGGUGGACGUCGAGAGGAUGGAAGAGGCCAAGACGGAGCUCCACAAGAUCACCCGCAUCUCGGAGAACCAGGGCGUCCCCGUGCUCAUCGUGGCCAACAAGCAGGACCUGAGGCACUCGCUCUCCCUGGCCGAGGUGGAGAAGCUGUUGGCCACGGGGGAGCUGAGCUCGUCCACCCCCUGGCACCUCCAGCCCACGUGCGCCAUCAUCGGCGACGGACUCAAAGAGGGCCUGGAGAAGCUCUACGACAUGAUCGUCAAGCGGAGGAAAAUGUUGCGGCAGCAGAAAAAGAAAAGAUGAGGCCUCGGCGGGGCCCGCCGGCCCGCGGCCCGCAGUCGUCGGUUCGGACGCGGCCUCCUCCGACCGGCCGAAGGGUCGAGGAGCCCGGUCCUUCCCCUCGGGCGGAGGGGUGGACGUUCGCCGAUUUUUUUAUUAUCAUUAUUUUCGUCUCCUCCUCCUCCACGCGUCCGGCCCCCCGCCCCUCCCGGCGUGUCUGUCCCGAGAGCCGGUCGAGAGCUCGGGAAGCGGACGGCGACGUUUGACCUCAGCUUUUCGAAUAGCCAAAUAAAAGGAUGAAGAGUUUUA